AUGAAUGCUUCAUACAAAAGAGCUACAGGUCGUUCAGGCCAACAAAAAGACUCGAUGACAGUUUGCCAACACUAUCAUUUUGAUGUGUUUAAUUCAACAAUAGAUUUUCAGCAUGAAGAGUUGAAUUCCAAAUUUAGUGAUAGAGCAGUGGAACUCCUUAUACUUAGCUCUGCUUUAGAGCCGAAGGACAAUUUUAAAUCAUUCAAAGUUGAUGAUAUUUGCAAGCUUGCUGAGAAAUUUUAUCCAGAAGAUUUCAGUGAGCAGGAAAUGCAUUAUUUGAGAUGUCAGCUUAAUCAUUAUAAAAUUGAUGUGCUCCAUCAUAAGAGCUUUCAAAAUAUGUCUACCAUGACUGAAUUGUGUCGCGGAUUAGUUGAAACAAAACGAGCAUUUUCAGCUAUGAAACAUGUUAAAACUGCUCUUCGCAAUAAAAUGGAAGAGGAGUUUUUAGCAGAUUCUAUGAUGAUUUACAUCGAACGAGAGCUUGUUGAAGAUAUCAAUUCAGAUUCGAUAAUAGACGAAUUCUAUUCUACAAAGCAUCGAAGGCUGCAGCUUAAAUAGUGUGUUUUGUUUUCAUUUUUUCUUAUAUGUUUAUGUACCUUUGAACAUUGCUACUAUGUA